AUGAUGGGCUCUGCAUCACGUCGUCAGAGGUAUAGAUGGUGCUGUGUUUCCCGCCGAGCACGGGAUCCAUGUUUAUAACGAUUCUAUCACUGUCGAUUUGAAAAGACUCAAGAAUGGAAGUCAUGCAGAAACCUAAUGCACAAUGUUUGGACUGCAAUCGUUGCAACUUUCGUGCCAAUGAUUCUGAAAGUAUACAGAUUCACAUAGGAACCAUCCAUCCAGAGUUAUGUGAUGAAAUGGAUACUGGUGGUUUGGGAAAGUUAGUAUUUUAUCAAAAAAGUGCAAGGUUAUUUCAUUGUCAUAGAUGCUUCUUCACAAGCAAGAUGUUUUGUAAUGUUUAUUAUCAUAUCUUGGCUCAGCACUCACCUGACAAAUGGAUAAGUGAAGAUAAAGAUAUGGCAGAAACAAAGUCAGAGCCAUCUUCGGUUAAGGACUCUGUGAAAAAUGAUUCUGAAAGUGGGACAAGUGAAGAUGAAAAACCACCAGAUGAGGAGAAAAUAAAAUUAACUGAAGUAAUAAAAGCUGAUGAAAAUGAUACUCUCACAUCGUGGCCAGAAAAGGUUCCAAAUCUGGAUAAUCAAGAGAACUUGGACACUGAAUUUAAAAACGGUACUAUUGAAAAGGCAUCUGCUGAAUCACCAGAUAUCAAAAAAAAGGAAUCAAGUAUUGAUCGUGACAUGUUGGAGUCAGAAUCUAGCAGCAUCAGCAGUACCCUAAGCAAAGCAAAUUCUGUUCAUGUGGUGUUUUCUGAACGUAAUGUAUUAGCCUCACAAAUAAAAGACAUUCCAGAAUUUUCAAGUGAUGACGAGUCCCCAGCUCUACCAGAUGGCAUACCACAUUUCUCUGAAGAUGAAGAAACAAUAACACAAACAAAGGAGUUGGAAGAGUUAUCUGGCGAUGAAGCUUUAUUAGAUCAUAAUAAAGGUAUUGAAGACAUUUCUGAAGAUGAAAUGCCAAAAGAGGAAAAUGUCAUAGAUGAUGUAUCUGAAGAUGAAGCUCCUGUACAGUCAAAGGGUCUGGCAGACUCUUUUGAAGAAGAGGAGGCUGCUUCCAAGGCUAAAGUAGUGAUGGAGUUUUCAGAGGAGGAAGAGGAGGAGACCCCAGCUCUCUCUAAAGAAAUUAUGGAGUUUUCAGAAGAAGAUGAAGAAGAACCCAUUAAUGUUGCUAAGAAUAUCAUGGAGUUUUCAGAAGAGGAAGACACCACAGAGGUAUCUAAAAAUAUCAUGGAGUUUUCAGAAGAGGAAGAGACCACAGAGGUAUCUAAAAAUAUCAUGGAAUUUUCAGAAGAGGAAGAAACUACAGAAGCAACCAAAAACAUCAUGGAAUUUUCUGAAGAGGAAGAUGCCCCAGCAUUAUCAAAGGACAUUAUGGAGUUUUCUGAAGAAGAAGAAACCCCUUCAGUAUCAAAGGGUAUUAUGGAAUUCUCAGAAGAAGAGGCUACGUCACCUCAGUUGAAAGAUAUGCCCAAAUAUUUUGAUGGUAAUUCAACACCAACACAGUCUAAAGACACAGAAUAUGUUGAUAUUGAUACUUCUGCCUCAAAAAUAUCAGCAUUAUCAGGGGAAGAAUCUUCUGCUGAAGGACUGUCAGCUGAAUCAAAGGAUUUAAGAGAUAUUUCAAAGAGUGAAAACACUCCAAUUCGCUUAGCAGGUGUUCCUCCACUUCCAGAAUAUGUUGCUCCAUCUUGGUCCAAAGAAUUACUGGACUCUUCAGAUGGUGGUGAUAUUUCAACUGUUACACAAGACACCUCUGAUUCCUUAGACGAUCAUCUUGUUAAAGAAGAAGAAAUAAUGAAAAAUGUUCGCCGUGUAAAAGGAAAAUUUUAUUGUAUGCUAUGUGAGUGUCGCCCCCUCAAAAAAGGACCUAUCAUGCAUCAUUUGAUUACUAGACAUCAAAUACCAAGUCCAUUUGUAUGUAAAACAUGUGGGAAAAUAUUUUUGCUGGAAACCCAUCUCAAACACCAUCUUUCGACUCAUUCCAAGGGCUUAUUCAAAUGUAGCCGCUGCAGUUUUCAAACUGACCAUUCAAGGGGAUUUAAAAAACAUCAAACACACUGCCAAAGCCGGCAUAAAGAGGAUGAAGAUAAAACUUUGUUGGACUUCAGUGAGGAGACUAAAGAGGAGGAGGAGGAGGAGGAGGAGUUGGAGGAGGAGGAGGAGGAGGAGGAGGAAGAAGAUGACUAAUUAUUUUGGUCAUAUAAUUUUUACAACAAACUGAUUGUAAAUACAAAAACUACUAAUUUGGUUUAUGUACAAACAAUUGAAGGUGCAUUGGGAUAGUAUUAAGCCCCUUUGUACUGUUUUGUACUGAUUCCUUAACCAAGAAUUGUUCCUUUUUGUUUAAUGUACAUGAUGUUUUACUUUUUUUGAAAACUUAAUAUGCAUCACUUUGGGUUCCCCCAGUUUUGGCUGUAUACAAAAUGUUUCAGUGCCCAAAAGGUGUCUGACUGGUUCCUGCAUAGCACAUCAAUGCAGGUCCUCCUUACUUUUUGUUUUGAUCUGUCAUAGGGGACACGACAAGAUAAUGGUGGUUGUAAAUAAUUUGCAUCAGAUGCCAGGCUGUAUUGGCAGAUAAGUGUAUUUCACACAUAUUUUAUGAAAGCAGCUUUAUUUUUGUUCACUCCCUCCAAGGAUCAUGCCAACCUUUUUCCCUUGCUAGUUGUAGGGGAUGGUUGACAGAUGAGUAAUUUUUGUUUAACUUUUAAGUGUUUCCUGUUUAGUUUGUCUUGGCUUUGAAAAAUAGUAUGUUAAUGCUGUAAGUGGACAAAUGCCUUAAAACAUUCUUCUCCUCAUGUUGCACCUUAGAAGGUACACGUAGACUUAUUUAUUGCAAUGUAUGCAAUCUUUACUAGAUGAAAGCCACAUAGACUACUAAUCAGACCAUAAAUGAAAAUAAACUUCAAAGUGUACUUUGCAUUAACAAAUUGUUGGUAUAUAUUUAAUAUCUGCAUUGUGUUGGUAAAACUCCAAGCUUUUACAUAGAUUAAAAGAUACAGCAUGGUUACCUGAAGAUCAUGUCCUCCUCUUUUUUGUGUGUAACAGCUCUUGGCCUCCAUAGUUGUCAUUACACCUUGUCUUUAGACUUAAAGAGUAAGAGGGGUUAAUUAAAGAUAAUGAGAAUAAUGCUACAUCUCUACUGCAAUUUGGUGCAGUGUAAAUGUAAAAUGUUGCUUUAGUUAGACAUGUAAAAAAAAAAAAUUUGUAAAUAAAUGUCCUUUAGACAUGUGAUAAACUAUAAUUAUGCCAUUUCUAGUCUGUAAGAGAAACUGUAACAUUAUUGAAAAUGCAAGCAUUCAUGGCAAGAUAGAUUGACCGAAAGGUGGCCACUAGGGUCCAAGGGUUAGAUCGGGACCCUGGAAGAGACCUGGCUAAUCAUGGCACCCAUUCACCAUCCUCAUGUGAAAUCUGACCCGGACCUCAAACUAUUAAAGGAACACUAUAGCCUUAAUAAUACAAAACUGUAUUCCUAAUGCUUUACUGCACCUCUACCCUAAGGUAUUGCCUGCUCUCUGCCCCCUCCCCCUCUCCCCCCCCCCCCCCAUGUUUGAAAGGGUUAAAAAGAAGAGGGUUUAAAGAUGCUGUGUCCCCUCAUGCAAAUUGUUAAACUCUGUAAAAAUGCAGGAAUAAUCUUUAGUUUCUUUAAAACUGCAGUGUUUUACAUUGCAGGGCUAAGGGGACAGGGACACUACUCCCAGACCACUUCAAUGAGAUGAAGUGAUCUGGGUGCCUAUAGUGUCCCUUUGUCUACCCUAGGGUACUGUGGGAUCCCAAUCCUUCUAUAAGCAGUCUUUUGUAAAUUCUAUUUCUAUGGUCCAUUUGUAUAUUAUUAGUAUAUUGAUUUCUUAAUUUGUUACAUUAAUCCUUUUGGUUUAUUUGUUAGGCUGUAAUUGCUAUUUGACAUAGACUUGCAUGUAUUUUCUUUUUGU